AUGGCCGGCCGAGGAGAGGAAGAGAAUGAGACGCCGUGCUCUUCGUUCAACAACACGUGGCUUCGAUGUGCCGAGGAAACCACCAUUAAUGGACUCUUGCACGCCGUCCGAUAUCAGAAUCCUCUACGAAAACUUCUUUGGUUCUCGCUUUUCGUGUCGGGGAUGACCCUGACGACGCUCUCGGUGUGGGGAAUCGCGAGCGACUACCUGAGCUACCCGAUCGUGACGACGGUGAGCGUGAGCCCAGAGCCGAGCCUGGAGUUCCCCGCCGUCACCGUCUGCAACAGCAGCCCCGUCGACUGCUACCGCCUCGCCAAGUUCCGGUCGGAGUACCCGCGGCUGUGGCGGCUGAGCGGGUGCCGGGUGCGGUUGGACCGGGGGCUGUUGGACUGGGUCCGGAAACGUCCCAACGCCGACCUCGGCCUUCUUCGUCAGGCUUUGCUCAGUUUUCGAGCGGAGAAGGAAAAGGAGGGGACUCUCAACGAGGUCUUCUAUCAGAUCGGGAUCCGGAACGAGUCCUACUUCUUACCUAAAUCCAGCUCCUCCCUGUGGGAUCUGGUUCAGGGAGACCUUGGUCUUAUCGAUGCCCUCUUUUCCCUACUCUCGGGUGAAUUCUUAUCGGGGAACUUAACGGUUCUCUUAUCUCUCGGGUCUCCUGGUCCUACGGCCACGGAGAAAUUCAAGGAUCUUCUACCUCCUCCGCCGUUUUUUCCCUUCCCAGAGGCGGGAAAAGAGAAACGAUGGACCCAGUUAGAGAACCUCUUAACUUCGGAGCCAAGACAUCUGGACCUCCCCGGGAUGUUUGAGAACUGGAGCGUCGAAGCGUCCAGCGAGUUCAAUCAGAAACGGGAUUUCAUGGUGGAAUUCUUGGGGAUCCCGGAGAAGAUCCAGGAGUUGGUGGUGCAUCGCUGGAAUCACCUCAUCAUAGACUGCAGCUUUAAGGGGCAAAAUUGCUACUCCGAAAAGAACUUCCUGCAGUUCAGGGCAUCGUACUUGGGGGCGUGUUACGCGUUCAACAGUGCCUUCAACCAGCACGAUCCUCUGGCCGGGAAACGGCGAGCCACCGUGGCCGGCGACGAUGAGAUAGUCCGGCUGCCAAGUCCGUAUCGAGACGAGUGCAUCGGAUCGUGGAACGAAACGGAUUUCCUGCCCUUCUACCGGGGAAACCGGCGACCCAACAACGUGACGCCGGACUACGACCUCGUCGUGAGAUUCGUCUGGUCGUUCCACUCGGUCGUGUUGGGAACCGAUGAGAUCGUCAGCGAUGAGGUGUCGAUGUCUUUCAGCAAUGCAACCGGAUGUGCUCAUCGGAAGCAGGCGAUCUGCAACAUCACGCACCUUGGUAUUCCCUUCUCGAACCUCCAGAUUUUCCUUUCUCUUUUCCUAUCGGGGGAGGGAGGGACAUCAUAUGGGAUGGGAAUCUGUGCAGACGAGGAAGGGGAAAGAUGCGAAGGAGGAAGUGACCAGCAGGACAUGUCCAUCUGCCACUGCCACGCUUCUUGCCUGUCCAAGUCGUACCGCAUCACCACGUCCAUAGCCACUUGGCCCUCGACCAAAUACAUGCGCCGCUACGCGCGGAAGGUGAUGGAGCGGCACCUGACCACGGACCUCCCCGACCUCCCCCCUCCCAGCUCCCCCCUCUCGGGUCUGCUGACGGAGGUCGUCCGGCAGAGGAUCCGGGAGGAAUUCCUCCGCCUCGACGUCUCGUUUCAGACCCUGGACCUGCACUCUGUGGCCCAGCAUCCGAGAUACGACUUUAAGAGCCUGGUGAGCACGAUCGGAGGGGCAAUGGGAGUCUACCUCGGCCUCUCCAUCGUGAAUUGCGUGGAGAUCCUAGAGUCCCUCUUCUUCCUCCUCUUCGCGCUUCGCAGUCUCUGCCCGAAGUGGAAGCGUGCGAUCGUCUCUCCUGGGGAUGGGAAGCGUCUGUGA